GCCACUUCCUUUGGGGCUGUGUGUGUAGAGGUGCUAGACGAGUUUGUGACGCACGUGGUGGCCCUUAACAGCAGCACAGAGAAGGUGAAGAAGGCGGCCGAGCUCAAGACGGCUGUGUGUGUAGUGCACUACGACUGGCUCAAAGAGAGCAUGAACACGUGGACGAGGCAGGAUGAAGAUGUAAGUGGAGUGGAUGGGAUGUGUGGCGUGGUGUAA